AUGUAUUCCCAUCAACCAAUUCACUUGACAGGUAGAAAUGGAAUUAACUUGUUAAUAUCACCAACCAAUGAGAAUGAUCAGUGUCUUAACAUUAAUCUGAUCAAUUCCCUCAACAACUCGUCGAUAAACCUCAAUUCCCCGAUUCUGCAAAUUUCUUCUUCAAACUCAAAUACCUUAUCUAGAUCGAGGUAUUUGGGUCAUCUGAUAGCUGUUAAGACUAGGUUGGGUGUCAUAUUUUACAACUCUUCCAAUAAGCACCUCGAUCACAUUCACACCUUCACCCACACUCACCCAAUCUCUGAUCUCUCUUUUAAAGACCUAAAUUGCCUGCUAAUCGACCCAUACGAUAACAUUUUCAAGUUCAACUUCAAUCCCCGCCUCAAAUCACCCGCAUCGAUAUCUCAAUUACGUCAUCAUCCAUACUACCAUCAAUCCUACGAUAACAGAUUUAGGUUGAUUGAUUUCAAUCCCUAUGAUGAGGCAGCUGAGUACUCUUGUUUAACUGCGAAUUCUCACUCUCUAAGCGUGAUUGAUUUUAGAUCAUCCAUUUCGACUAUCAUCUACCAAUCACCCUCAACUAUCACUCACUUACUGUCCUCCACUGCAUCCAACAUACCUCUCACUGCUCUCACCACAACCGACCACAUCCUUUUCUUCGACAUACGCAACUUCUCCCAAUCUCUCCUCUCUAUACCCCACAACAGAGACUACGAUAGAACGCUCUCUAUUCAUACUAUCAAUGGCCCUCACAAUACCAUCUCUGUACUCCUCUUCUCGGCCAUCCACCCCCUCCUCUCCAUAUGGACUAUUGGUGGCACUCCCUCCUUUCCCCGCUCUCUACACGCUCCAUACGCCCACAAACUGCCUUUUCCUCCGAUUGGAGGCUGGGCUGUGCAUGAGCGAGGGCGUCAGUCUGAAGAGCACGACAGGGAACCCACCCGACAUCAAACGCGUCAGCACACGCGCAACCAAUCUCGUCGACUUUCUCGAGCCUCUUCCCGUGCACCCACACCUCAGCAUCCCCCCCGUGAGCAUUCCCAAAUCUUGCAGCCUUCUCAACCACCCACACCCUCACGACAACCCACACCGCACCAAAACCCAGACACACUCUCCCAAAACACCGACGCCGUGUAUGACAUGUAUCUACGCAGCCAAGGCGGCUCAUUAUCCUACGCCACACUCUUCACCGCUGACGCGGACGCCAACGCACCCCCUCUCGACAUUCGCACCGAUCCUGCUGUCUGGUCGCAAGAGGUAGAUGGCUAUUUCGGCGACGGGCUAGCCUCUAUGCGCGAAUAUACGCUACGCGACAUGACCAAGCAAUGGGGGCUGAUAAGUGGGGGUGGUAGUGGGGGUGCAACACUCGCACUACGCGACAAGCUCCCACUGCAACCAUUCGCAAGUGCGGGUCUACAGGUGCGUCUAGCCAGCGAGGUGGAGAUAGGGCAGAGGGAAUGGGACAGGAAUAGGAGUAACGACGCACAUGCAGCUUGGUCUUACUCUAUCCCACAAUCUCUUCUACCCCCACCUCCCAGCUUCCCAUAUGCGGGCGACGCGGCGGGGGAGAUUGUUCAGCGUCAGCUGCAGGGUGCAUACAACGUAUGCAGCAAUAGACGGCCACAUGACGUGCCAGCGGAGGGCAAGAGCGAGGGCAAACGCAAUUUUGAUGGGGGAGUCGCUGUAGGUGAUGCUGGCGGUGUUGGUGCUGCCAAUACCCCUACUGAUGCCACUGCUUCUACUGGCGGACUCGUACAGGAGCUCACACGCGCAGCCUCUGCUAUGAAUAUACACAACAGCACCCCCGUGCGCCCCUACACUUUCGGCGCACUGCGGCCGAUGGUGACGCGCAGAAGCCAAGGGGACGAAGCACUUGCACUCGCACGCAAUGAUGCCAUUGACGCUACUGACGCUGAUACCAAACCCCCACUCAACACUGCCACUAACCUGCUUCUCGCUGAGUGGAGUGGCAGUGUGGAUGCCUACAGGUACAGAGACCCCUAUGCGGAUUCUGAGGAGGGAGAGAUGGGAAUAGAGGGGCAGACGCAAAUGCAGACCGAUGUCCCUCCGCCUCCCUCGCAGAAGAUAAUGCGCAGACCUCCCGUCGUCUUGUCAACUGCUGCGCCUGGCGCACAUGCAACGAGUGCAUCGAAUGCAAUGAAUGGUUCGCUCACACCUGCUCCGCAAUCUCAGCCACAAUCACACGCACACCUUCAUUCUCCAGCCCUCACUCAGCCUUCCCAACCACCUUCGCAACCCAAUCCUAGCACCCAGGUCGAGCCGGGCAGGUUUGGCGGUCGGCCUGUCGCUACCAAGAAGAAGAAGAAGAGAGUUGGCGGAUUUUAA